CCCCCCCUAUCCCCCCCCCCCCUCCAGCCAUGCCGCUCGUGCUCCGCGCGGUGCUGUUCGGGCUCGUAACGCUGCUGGUGGGGCUUCUGAUCAUUGACGAUAUUUCCCAAGUGGAGAAAGACACUGCAAAUGCCGGACACUCAAAGAAGAUGAACUCCCACCAGCUCAUCCCCAAACCACACAGAAAGGUCGCGGUACUGGUGGAUCCGACUGCGAUGGCGGGGAUGAGCAGGCGUGUGGAUCAUCGCAGCCCCAGCCCCAGAAACACUGCCAAGCACUCGCCGGACACCUGGACCUUCAAUAAGACCCUCUCCAGCCUCAUCAGGAAGAAUAUUCUGAGAUUCCUGGACCCGGAGCGGGACAUCUCCAUUCUAAAGGGCACGCUGAAGCCGGGGGACAUCAUCCACUACGUCUUUGAUCGCCGCAGCACCACGAACAUCUCGGAGAAUCUCUACCGUCUUCUGCCGACUGCGUCCCCCAUGAAAAACCAGCAUCACAGGCGCUGCGCCAUCGUCGGCAACUCGGGGAUCCUGCUGAACAGCAGCUGCGGGCUCGAGAUCGACUCUCACGACUUUGUCAUCAGGUGUAAUCUGGCCCCGGUGGAGGAAUACUUUGAGGAUGUGGGGCGGCAGACCAACCUGGUGACCAUGAACCCGUCUGUGGUGCAGCGCGCCUUUCAGGACCUGGUGAGCGAGGAGUGGAAGGGGCGCUUUUUGCAGCGGCUCCGGAGCCUCAGCGGCAGCGUGCUGUGGAUCCCGGCCUUCAUGGCUAAGGGCGGGGAGGAGCGCGUGGAGUGGGCCCUUCGCCUCAUCUUGCUGCACACCGUGGACGUGCGCACCGCCUUUCCGUCGCUGCGCCUUCUCCACGCCGUCAGAGGAUACUGGCUGACCAACAACGUUCACAUCAAGCGUCCGACCACCGGCCUGCUCAUGUACACCAUGGCCACCCGCUUCUGCGAGGAGAUUCAUCUCUACGGCUUCUGGCCUUUCCCACUGGACCCACAUGGCAAGCCGGUCAAAUACCACUACUACGACACCCUCAAGUACGAGUACACCUCCAGCUCCAGCCCUCACACCAUGCCUCUGGAGUUCAGGACCUUGAGCACUCUGCACAGACAGGGGGCGCUGCGGCUCCACACAGGAGCCUGUGAAGAGCAGAAUGAACUCAAGAGCAAAUAGCUGGAUGGAAGAUCUCCAUGGGAACUAUUUUCUGGACUGAAGGGUACCUCGUUACUACUUUUUUUUUUUUCUUAUUAAACUUGAACAACUGAAUGUCCAGUUAUAGAACCCAACCCUUUCUGUUUCAGGCUUCUGUACCGACUGGUUGCACUGCUGUAUUUGAACUUUAAUGAGAUUACUAUGGUAACCGUUAACCCUCUGGGGUUCUGUCAUGAGCAACUGGAGAGGCAACAGAUGGUUUGGGUCUCAUAAUGGAUGCUACUUGUUUGGUGGAAACACAGGCACAUAUGCUUUUGUGUGGGAAAACAAUGGGCUUAUGUAAUGAAUCCGUUUUACUGUCAGCUAUUCACAAUAUCAAUCAGCGGCCCGACAGCAGAAUGCCUAUUUAUAUGGGCUAGCCUGAAAAAAGUAAUCUAAUUUACAUGCAUUUUGAAGUGCAGAUUUUUCAUAAUUAACAAAAAAAAACGUUUGUAGUUGCAGUAAAAAUGAGAACCCGGCAGGUCACACUGCAGAGAUAGGCUGUGUCCGGACGGUUUUUCAGUGGAAAGUGUGGUUGGGCUCCACUUGGCUGCAGAGGGAGCUGUGCAGCACGCCAGCGGCAGGAUGAGCUGCCGCCGGCUCCUGUGAGUCCAUGUCCCGGCCACAAUACGGAAGCUGAAUAAUCAGGGACAGAGAGAUGUGCGGAGAAAAAAAAAAAAUACUGAGCAGCGUUUCUUUUCAAACUGUGAAGGCUUCUUUUUUCUGAUUUUGGACAUUUCCUUUUUAUAUAGAUAAAAGCUUUUGGGAGAUUUUGUAGUACCUUAAAUGUUGUGAACACUAUUUAUAAAGCAUUUGUAAAUGAACCCCUAGUCGGCAUGUGAAAACUUAGGUUGCCUUGAAAACCAAACGGAGGUACGGCGGGCUGUGAGGAUAAAGGAGGGCCGCAGCUGUUCACACAUGGAGGCUUUCUCAGUCAACAGUAAACUGACUUUGCACUAGUCCAGGUUGUGCUACGAAAUGUGAGGGGUCAGGUCGGAUGGGUACAAUACGGUGAUGGGAAGAAGGCGUGUGUGAUUUCCUGCUAAAUGCCGAAAUAAGCGACACGCUUUCAUUCUUAGGCACAACAGUUUGAGAGCAGAUGACGCUGAGAGGGAGAAGAGCUGGAGACCUGUUUGCCUUUAUUUACUCAGACUGAUGAAUGAGCGGUUGUUUUUCCUGCUGCUGCGCGUUGGGGAGUAGUUUUUGAAUCGGUAAAGUUGGCUGAUAGCGACGUCUGUAGAUUUAAUUAUAAGCUGCCACUGUUUUGUGCCUGUUAUGAAAACUGUUUUAUUAAAAAUGGACCAUUCACGUGUUUUAGAAAAGAGAAUGUCCAGGGAUGAUCCCGUCUGAUCCCCAUAGGAUGGAAUGUAGCUCACAAAUGAUACAAACAGAAUGUGCAAAAACACUUGAUUGUCAGGCUGCCGGAAUGUUUGGAAGUCGUUGUGCAUUUCUUUUCAGGAGAGGGAAGCACACUGGUGUUUUUAGGCAGAACCAAAUGGGGGGGCUUUUGGAUAACGCUUUUCUACUCCUCAGCUCCGCCUCUUUUACAGACUUUCUAGGAGUCGCGUCUGGAUGCGGUGCUUUUAGCCAGCGUCUCGGGGCAUUUCUCAGUUUACAAGAUUUACCACAAACAUUUGAAAUAUUCCAAGAGCUAAAUGAGUUGGGUCUCAUGCGCUCCCAGCCAUGUGAUCCGUCCAUAAAAGUGUUGUUGGACAGAUGCGGCUGGUGACUUGCGUGUCAGCCUUAUUACUGCUGCCAAUUAAGUUAAGAAUAGACAUGAAAGUUGUAAUAGAGACGUCAGCAGUCUGAAGCAAAGAAAGGUUUAUUUGUGAACGCUCGUCUGAGUUCUGCAAAAAUAGAAACAUUCUGUGACCAAUACUAUUAGCUUCAUUAACCCAGAAUUCAGAGUUCCCUCUGACCAGUAGGCCCUGCUUAGGAGCUGUGUUGUAGAUUUCUCUUAUUUUCUUCAUGUAGAGUCUGUUGUUAUACGUUCUUGUCUGAGUUAAAGCGAAUAUUAGCCUUUGCAUGUUUGUCUAAACGAAUACAACAUAUUCAUUCAUAUCUAAAGUUUUGUCAAAUACUUGAAACUAGUCAUGAACACAUGAAGCGUGCUGUUAUGACAGUGUGAAUGUACUUUUUUUUUUU